GUAUUUAAUAUUAAAAGUGGAUUGAAUUAUAUAUUUCAAUCCGCCAUAAAAAGUGAAUAUACAAUGUUCUCUAAUCGAUUCUAACUUUUUUAUUCGUGUCAAACUUGUGACUUCUGCCUAGUGCUUUUACAUUUCAGUGCAGGUCGUUAAGAAUGGCGGAGGAACAUGAAAAACCCGAGGGUGAAACGCAGUCAGAAGGCACCGGAAAGGUGAUGGGAGAGAGCGAACCUGGGGCGGAUCCCGGUGGCAACACGGUAAGUGACGCAGCCCGGAUACAGGAAACAUUCUCGCGUGUCAUGCAGAAGGUGAGGUCCGCAUAUACUAAAGAGCUUCAGAGGAAGAAGCAAGUGGAUUUAAACUCCUCUGUGGACAUCAUGAGGAAAAACAUUGAAGAAACGAACGACAUGGAAUCCAACGAAGACGAUGAGGCAAUGCAGGCCAUGACAAAGGAAAUUGAAGUAACUCGUCGUUUACUGGAGGUAUCCAAACUGCGCGAAGAACAGUCGAAACAAACUAUUGCCCAGUUGGAAGCAGAAGUUGACAAACUUCAAAAGUUGGUUGAAGAGGAAGAAGUGCUGCGACGUGACGAAGGAUUGACACUACAACAACUGAUUGCACUAAAGAAGCACUUAACUGUCGAAAAUGAAAAACUUGGAGGAGAAAAUCAAAUAUACUCGCAGCAGUUUAUAUUGCUACAAACUGAACUCCAAGACGCAACUGUGGAUAAGAAACGUCUAGAUUCACGGCUAGUCCAUUUGCAGCAAGAAUUACUGGCUUUAAGAGAAGAUUUGGAAGCAGAAGUGAAAGCGAGCGCUGUAGUUCGUCAACAACGCGAUGCUGUUCGCCACGAAUCAAAUCUUAGGGAAGCGGAAAUCGCUCAGCUUCGCCAGGAGCUGGAACAAUAUCAAGCACAAAAUUUAUCUUUAAAAACGAGCCAGGAUGAUCUAGAGGCACAAUAUCAGAAGCUGGUUCAGGCAUCUUCUGUUCUGUCGGCUCGGUGUGAUCAGUUAGUUUAUGAAUUGGAAUCAGCCAAGAAAAUCUUGGCAGGAAUGGACGAAGAAAAUGCUCAGUUGAGUGAUCAGUUAAAGUUAACCCACAAUCAAAUCCAAGAUCGAAUGAAGGAGAUUAACAAUCUGGAAAUCUACAACAAAACUGCAAUCGCGAGGAUCGAAUAUUACGAAAAAGAAUGUGCUAAAGCAGACACUGAACGAGAGCUUCUAGAAACGCAACUUGACAAAUUGGAUAAAGAACUAUACGAAGUACGCUUUGCCGCCACCGGAGACCGACAAGGCAGCGAUAAAAUCAUGAGAGAAAAUCGACAGCUUCACGUGCAGUUGCACGAACAUCUCAUUUCUCGCGAGAAGCAAAGAGAAGUAUGGAUAACUCAACAGGAGACAAUCCGACGACUGGAACAGAUCAUUCGAGAAGGCGACUCCCAAUUGUCAAAACUGCGUUUGAAAUUGUCUGAAAGCGAAAGUGAAAACAACCGGUUGAUAGGUGAAAAGGAUUCCUUGCGAAAGAUGCUCCAAGAUGCGCAAGAUAACGCAAUCACCAAAGGAAAAGAACAGACCCUCUUAAGAGAUGAUAAUUUAGCACUUGAAAAAAGAAUUCAACAGCUACAAGUUGCUGAAGAGAGUAGCGGUCACGUAAAAUCGGCUCUUGAUUACGAACUUGCCAAAAUCAAAGAAGAAAAUUAUGAACAAGAUAAAAGAAUAAAGACUUUAACUUUCAUGGUUGAAAAACUUAAAGAAGAACUUUCAACUAAGGAGGCCGUCCUGAUGCACGGAAAACGGGUAAAGCAACAACUCGAAAGGGAUUUGAUCACGUUGAAGAAAGCUGUCGAUGAUCACAGAAAAAUAGAAAGCGAGACAAAAGCACACGCAAUUCAACAAGAAAAACAAUUACAAACAUUGCAAUUGUUGCUGCAGCAAGUUAAUAGUGAUCUGCGAGAAGCAACGCUUCAAAUUCAAGCUGAAAAGAACUCCAAUGGAAAUGUUGAACAGCGUCUUUCCGUGCAACGAGACCAAUUGGAAGAAACCAAACGUCAGUUGAGAGAACAGGGACGGAAAAUGCAAGAACAAAUGGCGGUCACCAAACGACUUGAAGUAGAUAUGACUUUGCUACGUGCAGAACUAGAGAACAAAGAGCAAGAAAAGAAGGCUUUGGAGCAGAAAUUGUACCUGUCGAGCAACUUAAAACGUGAUUACGAACACUUGCGAGAGACCCUCCUCCACGAGCAAUCGCGUCGCUCCGCACUGGAGACUGUUAAGACGACGCCUGUAUUAGUUCAUCCUUGGAGAAUUUUACAGGCUGCAAAUCCGACUGCUUACGUCACUAUGAUGCGUGAACAAGCUGCUAGACGAAGCAAAGUUCGGGCGACAAAAGGGCGAACAGUGCUUCCGGAUGUUACACCCAAACGCCCCAUAUCGAGUUUUUCUCGGCAUGGAACUAGCAAUGAGUUGCAAGUUGCCUUAAUUAAGGCUAUAAUUUAGUAAUACCGCGUUUUUUUACGGUAAACUACGCAUUCCAAUGUUAAUGUUUCUGCUUAGGAUUUAUUUAGUCAAAAUUCUAGCUACGCUGUUUUUGGCAUAUUGGAAGUUUACUUCUUUCACUCUUUAAAACGUUUAGCGACAAACAAAUCGCGAGUAAAUUUUUUUUAAAUAUUGAAACAAUAAUUUGAUGUUAUAGACACUGACUUGUAUUGCGAUACAUUGAAGAAAAAAUCA